GCCUCUCCAGCCGCCAGAGCGGGAAGCCCAGGCAAACUGACCAGCCUGCAGAACUUACCCAGCCCUCCCCAGGAAGCCAGCUUGACCCUCAGAGUCAGGUCACCCUCGUCCGCCAACGUGGGUCCUGUUCCAGCAUCAGUGUGACCAUAAAAUGAAGUCACCCUGCUCUGCUUUGCACCUGCCUUUCCAUUUAGGGGGGACUUUUGUCAGCUGACUGGGACUUCCAAGCCAGGCUCGUUCUGUGUUCUCUCAAAGGCCUUUCUUCUUCUGUCACCACCGGUUCCACAGUGAGAGGGGCUAUGUGGAAUCCAGCGGGAGCUCUGCCGUGUUAGCACCGGGAACUCUCCCUGGGGAAGCGGGUCGGAGCCUCAAGCCCCAGCGCAGCCCUGCCUGCCCUCCUUCUGAUGUCCAAGGGAAGCCAGACCUCGUCCUCGGAAGCCAUGGGCCCCUCCCACUCUGCGGUCCUGUCCAUGAUAAAGCUUGGUUUGUGGUGGCUCCAUCUGAUCCUGGCAGGGUUGGCACAGCGAACUUCCCCUACCCAAGCUGAGGACCGCCUCUUCAAACACCUCUUCAGGGGCUACAACCGCUGGGCACGGCCGGUCCCCAACACCUCGGACGUGGUGAUCGUGCGCUUCGGGCUGUCAAUUGCCCAGCUCAUCGAUGUGGAUGAGAAGAACCAAAUGAUGACCACCAACGUCUGGCUAAAGCAGGAGUGGAACGACUACAAGCUGCACUGGAACCCGGCUGACUUCGGCAACAUCACAUCCCUCCGGGUCCCUUCGGAGAUGAUCUGGAUCCCUGACAUUGUCCUCUACAACAAUGCAGAUGGGGAGUUUGCGGUGACCCACAUGACCAAGGCCCACGUCUUCUCCACGGGCACCGUGCACUGGGUGCCCCCCGCCAUCUACAAGAGCUCCUGCAGCAUCGACGUCACCUUCUUCCCCUUCGACCAGCAGAACUGCAAGAUGAAGUUUGGCUCCUGGACCUACGACAAGGCCAAGAUCGACCUGGAGCAGAUGGAGCAGACGGUGGACCUGAAGGACUACUGGGAGAGCGGAGAGUGGGCCAUCAUCAACGCCACUGGCACCUACAACACCAAGAAGUACGACUGCUGCGCGGAGAUCUAUCCCGACGUCACCUACUACUUUGUCAUCCGGCGCCUGCCGCUCUUCUACACCAUCAACCUCAUUAUCCCCUGCCUGCUCCUCUCCUGCCUCACCGUGCUCGUCUUCUACCUGCCCUCGGACUGUGGCGAGAAGAUCACGCUCUGCAUCUCUGUGCUGCUCUCGCUCACUGUCUUCCUCCUGCUCAUCACUGACAUCAUCCCCUCCACCUCCCUGGUCAUCCCGCUCAUCGGCGAGUAUCUGCUCUUCACCAUGGUCUUUGUCACGCUCUCCAUUGUCAUCACGGUCUUUGUCCUCAAUGUCCACCACCGCUCCCCCAGCACCCACACGAUGCCCCACUGGGUGCGGGUGGCCUUUCUGGGCUGUGUGCCCCGGUGGCUGCUAAUGAGCCGGCCCCUGCCCUCCUUGGAGCCCCAGCACCCCCCAGAUCUGAAGCCCGGCUCCUCUUACCACUGGCUGGAGACCAACGUGGAUGCGGAUGAGAGGGAGGAGGAAGAGGAGGAGGAAGACAGAUGGGUGUGGGCAGCCCAGUCCUUGCCCCGCCUGGGUGUCCUCUGCAGCCAUGGUUGUCGGCAUCAAGGGGCUUCGGGUCCCAAGGCAGACGCCCGGUGGCAGCAGGGUGGGCUUCUGCUGUCACCUCGCAUACAGAAGGCGCUGGAAGGUGUGCGUUAUAUCGCCGAUCACCUGCGAUCUGAGGAUGCUGACUCUUCAGUCAAGGAAGACUGGAAGUAUGUGGCCAUGGUCAUUGAUAGGAUAUUCCUCUGGUUGUUUAUCGUCGUCUGCUUCCUGGGGACAGUUGGACUAUUUCUGCCUCCGUUCCUGGCUGGAAUGAUCUGAUCUCCUGUCCCUUGCUUGGACCCAAAGGUGACACUGCUGACCAUCUUUAACCACUACCCCCUCUAGUACAACUUCGGGUUCAAGGCCAUCCGACUGCAAGCGCCUCUCUGUGGAGUCCCUACACUGGCCCCAUCAUCGAAGACUCCUUGGGUCAAUUCACUGAACUUACUGUACUAUGUGCCGAGAAUCUGCCAGGCACAGAGCCCAGUUUUGGAUGCUGGGCAACCAGGAAGUGAGGAACUUGCUCUGCAGAAGGUUACAAUAUGGUGAUGACAAUGUGAAACCAUGUAAGUUUCUCCUACAGGAGCCCUGAAGACGCUGAGUAACAGGAGGACCACGAGGGGCAAUCCAGGGGGCAGAUGCACAGACCUCCAGGGAUGGGUGCAUGGGGAAGAGAGGAGAGGGUGCUUCAGGGGGUGGAAGGACUGUGAACAGCAUUUUGGAUUCAAGAAUGAGCCCAAGGUGUCUGGAACAGGCAGGCUGAGAUGGGGCUCCAGUGUGGGAGCCAUGGGAGGAGGUUGGAAAGGCAGGUUCGGGUAUCUUGAGUCUGAUCCUGCAGGUCUAGCGUUGGUUGACCCUCCCUGGAAGGAAAGGGGGAAGCAGGGCCCCAGUGGGGUAAAAGGUACAGGUCAGACCUUUUGGGUGGCAGAGGGAGGUGUGGCUGGAUGCAAGUAGCUGGGACAUCCCACCUGCCUAGAAGCUCACUUGAACCCCUUGCUUUCCCUCACCUGUAGCAACACCCCCUCAGCUUCCCGCAGGAAACGGGCUCCGCACUAGCUGGCCCCAAGAGGUCUGGCCACUUUGUGGUCCCUGCCAUCUGUCCUUGAAUGCACAUUGACAAACCAGGAAGGUAUCCUGGGUCAUCCUUGACUCAAGCUUGCAGCUUGCUCCUCCCACCCACUCACGGGGCAGGUGAUGGCCAGCCCGCAGGACUUUUGCUCGGAGUGACUGAAGGGAGUGAGCUGGGCUGCUUUGCACCUCGACUGCUGUGGAAAUGCAGAAGCUGCGGGACGGCUUCCUUUCCCAGCCUGGCCUCCCAGUCCCUCCUGAAGUCCCGCAGUGGCUUCUGAGCCGCUCUGGAUAGCCCAGGAGUCCUUGCACCUCAGAAUCUAGCAAUCCACAGCCAGCAGCCACACGCUGGAGCCUGGGGGUAGCUCCUGCUCCCAGAUCAGGCCUCACCCCACCUGUCCAGCCCUCAGAGAGCAGAACCUCAGCCACUAACAGAAGCAGACACUGGCUCUCUGGAUGGUGUGCGGACCCCAGAUAGGAAGCCAAGGGGGUGAACUUCUGGUUUCCUUGGGCCUUGGGGUACUCCACUUACUUCUCCCUGACAAACACAGAGAAAGCCUGCAACACCCAGGCCAGGCCCCUACUCCUCAGUUCUUCCCCAAACUCCCCUGCUCAGCCGCCCAUCUGGUUUCUGGCUACCCCACGCCCCCCACCCCCGCAACUCCUGCAGGGGCAGUCCCCCAGCCUCCUUUCUGGUCCAUCUUGGCUCUCCCAGACCCCAUCUCCUGGUGCAGUGUUGUUCCUUCAUGCUAUUCCAUCUCCCACCCACCUUGCAUGUGAGUAAAGAGAUGAAAUAAAGCUAAGGCUGGUGCUCGUUCAGCUGUGGGACCCCUCCUCAGCAUUCUCAGGACCAUUCAAGCCCCCUGAACUCCAGUGGCUCGCAUGCCAGCUGGGAGAGUGCCAUCGGUGUUCCUCACACAGCAGCGCAAGAGGGAAGAGUCUUCCCUUGGUCCCCACUGGAAAGUCACCCUUGGGUCAGGCGCAGGGGAGAAGGGCCUGGAGCCCACACCUUACCCCACAGCCCCCUGGUGUCACCACGCACCCCUCCGUGCUCGAGCCUGGUGUCGGCUCUUGACCUACGCCCAACAGAACACAAUCAAUUUCUUCCAGGGCAGUGGCCCAAGGUC